CACCAGAUGACCACUUGUGGAACUAGAGUCCGAACGAGGCUCCGACUUUUUCCUCCUUCUCAACAAACUGUAGCAUGAAACCGGAACUCCCUACCGCUGUCUAAAGCCAUGUGGACUUUCUGAUGUUUGUCUUUUGUUUUUCGCUAAAUGGAACCCGUGAAUUCCCGUGUCCGGGGACAGAGUGAUGCUCAUAGCGCGGGUGAUUUGGCGGGAACCAUGGCGAAGCGCGCGCUCUCUCAUUUCGCUCUGUGGAACGCGGGCGCGCUCUCACUGCUGCUGCUGUGCGCUCGCGCUGCUUGCCCAGAGUUCUGUGACUGUCCACGCGCGCAACACGUCCUCUGCGCCAACCGCGGCCUGCAUGCCUUGCCCGAGAGCAGCCGGUCCGUGCGCGUACUCGGCCUCGCAGGGAACUUUAUUGGUAACGUGAGCGCGCGUGCUUUGGCACGCUACGGCCAUCUGACGCGGCUCGAUCUGCAGUUCAACCAGAUCCGGCGCGUGCAUUCGAAAGCGUUCGAAAACCUCUUCGAGCUCGAGGAGCUUUAUUUAGGACACAAUCGGAUUUCCAAACUGCACCCCGGGACUUUCAGGCCCUUACAGAAACUCCGCGUGCUGUACGGUAAUGAUAACGACAUCCGGAUGCUGAGUGGAGAGACAUUCGGGAAGCUGGAGAGUUUGGUCCGGUUAAGACUAGAUAAGAAUGCUCUAGAGCUCCUGAGCGAGUCCGUGUUUAAACACCUCUCCAGUCUGAUGUUCCUGCACCUGGAAUCUAAUCAGCUCCGCCAUAUUCACCACAAAGCUUUUUCCAGUCUGACUAAACUCCAGUUUCUAAACCUGUCAGAUAAUAAGCAAACGCAGCUGCGCGAGACCUCCCUGUUUUCCCAGCUCAGGUCUUUAGUCACUCUGCUGAUCUCGGGAAACAGACUCACCCACGUCGGCAGUCACGUGUUUCAACACCUCAAAAAGCUCACCAAGCUGUCUCUAAGUAACAACAACAUUCUCAAGCUGGAGAACGACACGCUGAAAGGACUCGUGCAUCUCCAGGAGCUCACAAUGGACGGAAACAAGCUAACGGAGAUCCAGGCUGGAGUACUGGAGCCCCUCGCGCGCGUCGAACAGCUUGAUCUCCGUGACAACCGGAUCACACGUAUUGAUCCCACCGCGUUUACUCGCCUCACCCGCCUCAGGGUGCUGGAUCUAAGCAACAACAGGCUCAGGAGGAUCUCCAGUAACGCUUUCUCAACAAACGCCGCACUCUUCCAGCUGGAGCUGAGCGGAAACCAGUGGAAAUGUGACUGUCGCAUGGAGAAACUGAAGGAGUGGAUGGCGGAUACGCGCGCCCGUGGAAAGUUACUCACAACGCUCGUGCGAUGCCAUCACCCGCCCACACUCGAAGGGAAAUAUCUGGACCAUGUAAAUGACACGGAGCUGCUGGCGGACCGGACCGGAAGCGAGAACUGCCGAGCGGAUGACGAGGAAGAAGUGAAAGACUCUCGUGGAGCAGAAGGUCAGGAGCCGCCAGGUGUAACGGAGGAGAGGCUGAAGAGAGGAGGACAGACAGAGGAGGACAUGGAGACACGGGAGGGACGUCACAAGAACCUGAUGAUUAAAAGAAAAAAAGAAGUGAAGCUCAGAACUGCGCCACGUGUUUCUGCUAAAUCAAGCUCCUCCUCAGCUCUUGUCAGAAGGCUGGCAACCAAAAUGUUACCUUUAACGGAGGAAAACAUCAGCAUGUGGGAGCUGAAUGAUGCACUGCAGAACCGCGUGCCACACAAACACGUGCAGCAUUACACAGCCGGAAGUGUGGAAAUGACGGACGCGUGUCAGUUCAACCGCUACAUCGUGAACGUGAGCGUGCACAACGUAACCUUCGACUCGACCACGGUGUCGUGGAGCACACCUGAGGGGACACACACUGUCCCGGGCCUAGCGCUGAUGUUUCGCGUUCUGUUCGACCGCUUCGGCCACUCGGUCCGUUUCCCGCGCUACGUUUAUACUGACGGCUCAGCUCGAGCAGUGACGCUGCAGGAGCUCCGCCCAGACUCCACCUACAUCACCUGUGUGGAAAGCGUAGUGGGUGGCGCUUUGUGCCAGGUGGCACCGCGAGAUCACUGUGAGGGGUUCAUCACUACGUCACUGUCAGCGACAAGUGACAUCAAGCUUCAGCACGUGACCGCGGCGGUGCUGGGGGCCAAUGUGCUUCUGAUCCUGCUGGUGGGAGGGGUCUGGCUGGGGCGCAUCGUAAGAAGGAGGAUUAAAACCCGGAAGUCGUCCGCGCAUACUCACGUGCGUCACAUGUACUCCAGUCGGAGGCCUUUCCGGUCUGCCAUGGCAACCACGUGCGUCUCGUCUGAGUUCAGUGGUUACCAGAGCGGGCGUCCACUGGCUGAGGAGGGAGAUCUGAUCCAGUUUCCGGUUGAACGUUUUUUUGAGGGCAGAGAUGAUGAUUCCAUAAUCCCAAGGUUCUCUGACUAAACUGUAAUGUGAAGGUGUGUGUGUGUUAAAUAUUUAUACAGCGCAAAUAUUUCUGCUUGUGUGUCUGUAUCCAUGUGUGCAAUCAGUAAAUAGACAUGUUCUAUACUGUAAUAUAUACAAUUAUUACACACCUGUUUCUUUCACUCUACAGUUCUGUUUCAUGUAACAGGAGUCUUGCGCUGCAGUGUGUAUUCAUGGGAUUUCUUUAAACAUGACUUGAUUUCAGCAGAUUUUUUGCUCAUUAAAUAUUUGUCAUUAAUCAUAGCUUCAUGUUUCCAAAUAAACAAGA